UUUUAGUCUCCUGAUCCUAACCAUCUUGACUUAUACGUAUCGCCAAAACAUGUUCGCUCAAAAUACCUCAGCGCUGGCUCCCGUGUGGUUCAUCGCCCAUGGCGGGCCGAUGACCCUCCACCAGCCAGAGCAUCCCGCUCAUCGGCACUGGAAGAAAAUUGCCGCCGACAUCCGUUCUCAGCAACCGCCCCUGAAGGGACUCGUCUUCAUCUCUGCACACUGGCAGGCAGACCCCUCUGAAGUGUCAGGCAAGGACAUGGGCGUGCUCGUCAACGACGACGAAUCGAAUCCGCUCCUCUACGACUACUAUGGAUUCCCACAGGAGAUGUAUGAGCUGAAGUUAAACAGCCACAAUCCUCCUUGGCUGAACUCUCUUGUUCGUGAGACGCUUAACUCCGAGGGCUUAAACGCGGUCAACACGCAAAGGGGCAUCGACCAUGGAGUGUUCAUCGCGCUGCUCGCCGGUUUCGGAGAGCACGGAACCGGCCUGCCGCCGAUGGUACAAGUCUCACUGCCACCGCAAGAUGCUCAAGGCGAUGACACCCAGGACGGGAUCAGGGCUUUGCGUCUGGGAAGGGCGCUCCGGGCGCUCAGGAGCAAAGGAAUCGCCAUCGUCGGUGGUGGCCAGCCCGUCCACAACCUAGGAGACUUCCGGCACACUUUUCGCACGGGGGAGAAGACCACUGUACCUUACAGUGUCCCCUUUGCGCAAGCCCUUACGGCCGCCGUCUGCCCACCUUCCUCGGGCACGAAUGAUCGAGGGGAGCCCAAGCGGUGGGAAGCGGCAAAGAGGCUCUUCCAAAACCAAUACUACAGAGGCGCCCACCCUACGAGUGAGCAUCUCCUGCCAGCCCUGGUAGCUCUUGGCGCAGCUCAGGACGAGGAAGAAGGGAAAGAGGAAUUUGAGAUGAACCAAGGUCCGCUGGCAUGGAACAUGUACAAGUGGGGCGGGAGCAAGUGAUCUCUGACGAAGCUGCAUUGCUGGUGGUAUUUGAUCCAAUUUGUCUCGCUUAGCAAUACAUGUGUGUUUAGCUGAACUUCUUCUCAGAGAAGAAGCCC